CAUGACCCAAGGCGUCAUAUUCGCGCGCCACCUCGGUACGACAGUGACCCCCUCCUUCUUUUUGUUUCUUGUUUUAAUCCGAAGAAUUCACUUCCGGUUUGGGCCUUGGACGGUUGGCGGGACCGUUAGUCGCGGGGGGAAGGGCGCGUGGGUUGUGAGCGCGAGUUCUCGCGGUGGCGGUUGUCAUGGCAGCGGCUGCGGGGCCUGGAGGAGGCGAAGCGGCCUCGGCCUCCGCUGCCGACGAAGGCGGCGGCGGCGCGGACAGGGGGAGCCCCCCCGGCUCGGACCCACGACGCCUGGGGCCGGGGGGGCGAGAGGAAGAGGAGGCGCCGGGGCAAGGCAGCGCGGGGGGGCCGGCCAACCAGAGCCGCCCGCCCUCGUCGUCGCCGCCGCCCCGCGAAGCCGAGGUCACCGUGGAGAUCGGGGAGACUUACCUGUGUCGGCGCGGGGACGGGACGUGGCAUUCUGCAGAAGUGAUCCAGUCGCGGAUCAAUGAGCAAGAAGCCAGGGAGGAAUUUUAUGUGCACUAUGUUGGGUUCAACCGGCGUCUGGAUGAGUGGGUGGACAAAAACCGCCUGGCCCUCACUAAGACAGUAAAAGAUGCAGUACAGAAGAACACGGAUCAGUACAUGAAUGAACUGUCUGAACAGCCAGAGCGCAAGAUCACUCGGAACCAGAAGCGCAAACAUGACGAAAUCAACCAUGUGCAAAAGACGUAUGCCGAGAUGGAUCCCACCACAGCAGCUUUGGAGAAGGAGCACGAAGCAAUCACCAAGGUGAAAUACGUGGACAAAAUCCAUAUUGGGAACUAUGAGAUUGAUGCUUGGUAUUUCUCGCCAUUCCCAGAGGACUAUGGGAAGCAGCCCAAGCUGUGGAUCUGCGAGUACUGCCUCAAGUACAUGAAAUUUGAGAAGACUUACCGCUAUCAUCUGGGACAGUGUCAGUGGCGGCAGCCACCAGGGAAGGAGAUCUACCGCAAAAACAACAUUUCAGUGUAUGAGGUGGAUGGCAAAGAUCACAAGAUUUACUGCCAGAAUUUGUGUCUCUUAGCCAAACUGUUCCUAGACCACAAGACUCUCUACUUUGAUGUGGAGCCUUUUGUCUUCUACAUUCUCACUGAGGUCGACAGGCAAGGCGCUCAUAUUGUCGGCUACUUCUCCAAGGAGAAGGAGUCACCAGAUGGCAACAAUGUUGCCUGCAUCCUCACCUUGCCCCCAUACCAAAGAAGGGGCUAUGGGAAGUUCCUCAUUGCUUUCAGCUAUGAGCUCUCCAAACUGGAAAGCACGGUGGGCUCCCCAGAGAAGCCACUCUCAGAUCUAGGCAAGUUGAGCUACCGUAGCUACUGGUCGUGGGUCUUGCUAGAGAUCCUCCGGGACUUCCGAGGUACCCUCUCCAUCAAAGACCUCAGUCAGAUGACAAGCAUCACGCAAAAUGACAUCAUCAGUACGCUGCAGUCUCUGAACAUGGUCAAGUACUGGAAGGGGCAGCAUGUCAUCUGCGUCACACCCAAGCUGGUCGAGGAGCAUCUCAAAAGUGCCCAGUACAAGAAGCCUCCCAUCACAGUGGAUUCGCUCUGUCUGCGAUGGGCACCUCCGAAACACAAGCAAGCCAAGAUUUCCAAGAAGUGAAGGAGAAACUGAUAUAAGCAACGGGAGCAGCUUGGCUUCAAUACACAUCCACCCUUCGUUUUAAGAGAUUGUCUGAGGCAUUCUUGUUGGUACUGCAUUGAUCAGACAUGUCUUGGAACAGAUGUUUUCAGGGUGGCGGGGAGAGAAGGUGUGUUAGCAGUGUGACACCAACUUUACUGUGCUCAACUAGAGUGAAGACUUCCCACUUCCUCCCCACCUCACCUCACCUCCUGUCCCUUUCUGAUUCUGCAUGGCAAACUCCUUCCUUCUGGCGAAACCUGCUGUCUUGCUCUCGUAGGGUAGUAGAAUUGGUGGCUUCUAUUUUAACCGGAAGAGGAAGGGGAUACACACCUUCUCAUCUGUUGUUUGUCACUGGCCCUGGAACCUUAGUUUCUGAGCUGCUCUAGUACAAAACCUUGGACUGCCUCUACUUCCAUUGUCAGGCAGGUAGAGCAAAACAGGGGCAGUAAACACAUGUGAGGCAGUAUUUGGGAAGCAGUUAGUCAGCAAAAUUGCAGGUGGAGGGGAUUCACUUCUAGCUAUGACCGUUUGGAAAAAGAAGACUUGAUUGUAGUUGCAAUUUAGUUUUCCGCAGUCAAAUUGCAAUUUAGAUCCAUCACAGUCAAGAGUUUUGAGAGUGGCAUGCCAAAGGGGGGCAUUGUCAGAAUUGUGCACAGAAGCGCUUCAUGCUCCCCUCAGCAGAUGAGAGCACGACUGUGCAGAGUUGGGUUUGAGGCUGAAUUUAAAAGCAUGGAUUUCCAAGAAACACAGCAGCUGAGAAGUCACUGUGCCACACCUGCCCCUGAGAAUAUCCCUGGCAGCUGUAGCGUAGUAGCUAACAGGGUAUCUGUCCUUUUGGGUUGACCUAGUUGAUUUUGAUGUUCUGCGGAGACCCUACAUGAAAGGGAUGGUUCUAAAUGCAAAUAUGAUGGGGUGGGGGCUGUUACUUGCCACGGGGUCAUCGUCUUAGCCCAGGGGAAUGUACAACCUCCAAACUGGAGGAAACUGAACAGUGGGAUAUUGUGGGUUAGUUGGUUCUGACAAGUUGCCCUACCAUUGUAUGAGCUACCUUUGCCAGAAAUAAAAUGAGAAGGAAUUUUCUCAGAAGAAUCGACAUUCUCUUGGACAAAGCGCAGUGGAAGUAAUGGAAGCGAAGAGGGAGGCUGCCACUGUUCUUCACAUCACCUUUCACCGAUAUGCUUGCACCCCUUCUACACUGGGACUAGUUCAAAAGGAAGUUGGUAUCAGGGGGGUGGGGCUGCAUUUGAUAUUAUGGGAGGAACUGUCCUCAUGAUGGUUCUGCUACAGAUAUUAGAUUCAUAAUCCAUGUAUGCAGUGUGUUUUCUUUUACUUUUCAAAAAUAUUUUAAUUAAUAAAACAACAAAACAAAGUA